CACCGCUCCGGGGACGGUUGAGCUGAAUCUCCCUUGCGCCUGCAACACAUCCCUAAAAUCUCUGCUUUGGACCAUCCUUCUGUAAUUCCUUUCUCUCUUCAUUACCUUUGCGCACUCAUACAUCCUAAUCCAUUUCCGACCCUUCGCCCUAGAACCGAGAACUUUUCAUCAUGGGUGACAGCAACCAGGCCACUACUCCCGGCUACGACCGCGCCGCCAACGCCCCCGAUGCCGCUGCUCUGGACAAGGGCAAGGGCCGGGCUACCGAGCCUACCCACGACGAAAACCUAGAGGAGGAGGAUAGCGACGAGAGCGAGAACGAGGAGAUGGCUAACCCUAUAACCUUCCCGGCAGAUAAUGAUGAUGACGGCGAUAACCUCGAGCCCAUAUCUGAAGACAACAUCAUCUCGGGUGGCCGUCGUACUCGCGGCAAGAUCGUUGAUUAUCAGGCGGCAGCCGAGAAGCUAAAGGCCGAUAACAUGAUGGACGACGACGAGGAGGACGACGAUGAGGAUUAUGAGGGUGGGGAAGAUGAUGAGGAUACCGUCAUGCGCGGCUGAAAUGCACGAUCUCUUAAUGAC